UGGAGUAUGUGGUUAGUGUCUAUGCUCAGAAUCAAAAUGGAGAGAGCCAGCCCCUGGUUCAAACUGCAGUAACCACCAUUCCUGCUCCAACCAACCUGAGAUUCACUCAGGUUACACCCACCAGCUUGAGUGCCCAGUGGACAGCACCCAACGUUCAACUCACUGGAUACCGAGUACGGGUGACCCCCAAGGAGAAGACUGGACCAAUGAAGGAAAUCAACCUUUCUCCUGACAGCUCAUCUGUGGUUGUGUCAGGGCUCAUGGUGGCAACAAAAUAUGAAGUGAGUGUCUAUGCUCUUAAGGACACACUGACAAGCAGACCAGCUCAGGGAGUUGUCACCACUCUGGAGAAUGUCAGCCCUCCAAGAAGAGCCCGUGUGACAGAUGCUACUGAGACUACCAUCACCAUUAGCUGGAGAACCAAGACCGAGACCAUCACUGGCUUCCAAGUUGAUGCUAUCCCAGCUACUGGCCAGACCCCAGUUCAGAGAACCAUCAGCCCAGAUGUCAGAAGCUACACCAUCACAGGUUUACAACCAGGCACUGACUACAAGAUCCACCUGUACAUCAAUGACAACUCCCGGAGCUCCCCUGUGGUCAUCGAUGCCUCCACUGCCAUUGAUGCACCAUCCAACCUGCGUUUCCUGACCACCACACCGAACUCCUUACUGGUAUCAUGGCAGCCACCUCGUGCCAGGAUUACUGGUUAUAUCAUCAAGUAUGAGAAGCCUGGGUCCCCUCCCAGAGAAGUGGUCCCUCGGCCCCGCCCUGGUGUCACAGAGGCCACCAUUACUGGCCUGGAACCGGGAACUGAGUACACCAUCUACAUCAUUGCCCUCAAGAACAACCAAAAGAGCGAGCCUCUGAUCGGAAGGAAAAAGACAGAUGAGCUUCCCCAACUGGUAACCCUUCCACACCCUAAUCUUCAUGGACCAGAGAUCUUGGAUGUUCCCUCCACAGUUCAAAAGACCCCUUUCAUCACCAACCCUGGGUAUGACACCGGCAAUGGUAUUCAGCUUCCUGGCACAUCCCAUCAGCAGCCCAGUGUUGGGCAACAAAUGAUCUUUGAGGAACAUGGUUUUAGGCGGACCACACCACCCACUGCGGCCACCCCUGUAAGGCACAGGCCAAGACCAUACCCACCGAAUGUAGAUGAGGAGAUCCAAAUUGGUCAUGUCCCCAGGGGAGACGUUGACCACCAUCUCUACCCUCACGUUCUGGGGCUCAAUCCAAAUGCCUCUACAGGACAAGAAGCUCUCUCUCAGACAACCAUCUCUUGGACCCCAUUCCAGGAAAGUUCUGAGUACAUCAUUUCAUGUCAACCUGUUGGCAUUGAUGAGGAACCCUUACAGUUCCGAGUUCCUGGAACUUCCACCAGUGCCACUCUGACAGGCCUGACCAGGGGGGCCACCUACAACAUCAUAGUGGAGGCUCUGAAAGACCAGAGAAGGCACAAAGUUCGGGAGGAGGUUGUUACUGUGGGAAACUCCGUCAAUGAUGGUUUGAACCAACCUACAGAUGACUCAUGCUUCGACCCCUACACGGUUUCCCAUUAUGCCAUUGGAGAGGAGUGGGAGCGAUUAUCUGAAUCUGGCUUUAAACUCACUUGCCAGUGCUUAGGCUUUGGCAGUGGUCAUUUCAGAUGUGAUUCAUCUAAAUGGUGCCACGACAAUGGUGUGAACUACAAGAUUGGAGAGAAGUGGGAUCGCCAGGGAGAAAAUGGUCAGAUGAUGAGCUGCACAUGUCUGGGGAAUGGAAAAGGAGAGUUCAAGUGUGAUCCUCAUGAGGCAACAUGUUAUGAUGAUGGGAAGACCUACCAUGUAGGUGAACAGUGGCAGAAGGAAUAUCUUGGUGCCAUUUGCUCUUGCACAUGCUUCGGAGGCCAGCGG